AUGCUUACCAUUCUGGAAUUGCGACUCAGUCACACCAGCUCCCAUGGCAGCAGUACUACUCACACCACCGGAAACAAGCUUCACAAUGCUGUCAAUGUACUCGGCACCAGACCACUUUUGGUGCUUCACAACCUCGACACCAUCGUCAAUCUCUCUGGCUUGCACGUUCUGGCCGUAAGCCUUCAUACCGAUCUUGGAGUAGUCCCGAGAGAAGUUGUCCACAGCCAACGCAGUGGUGUGCAGACCAGCAAGAGUGAUGAACUGCCAGAUGUAGCCGAGAUCAGCAAGUCUCUUGAUGUAGGUCUCCUGGUCAGAUGGAGACAUAGCAGCGUUCCAGUUGAAGGAUGGAGAAAGGUUGUAUGCCAACCACUUCUCAGGGUACUUAGCCAAGACACCCUCGGCAAACUCCUUGGCUUGCUCGUAGAUUGGAAGCUUGGACUCCAUCCACAGCAUGUCGGCGUAUGGAGCGUAAGCUCUGGCACGGUUCACGGCACACUGGGUGCCUCCUUGGUAUCUGUAGUAACCUUCUCUGACUCUUGGAGCGUCCCAGUCAAAGAACACGUCUUUUCCAAGAAUAGACUUGGCAAUCUCCUUAGCAGCCUUGUGGGAGUGGCCGCUCAAUGGUGUCACGGUGGUGGUGAACUUCUUGAUGGCACCCUCCUUGUCCUUGAGGUCAGAGGCCUUGAUGGCGUCGACAACGGCCUCGUGGAACAGCUUCACACCGGCCUUUUCAAUCCAUUCUUUCUCAACAGUCUCCAACUGGGAGCCGUAAGCACCCUCGAGCUCGGCCUCGUUCAUCACGUCAACCAAUGGCUCGACGUCUGGGUUGGUCGCUCCAAGAACAAAGUAGUGGUCUCUGGAGUCGAUCGUGGAGGUGAUCAAGGUGGCAGCCUCGGAGUCGGUUCUGGCAACACACAAAAGGUCGGAACCAAAGAUAUCAGCAGAAGUACGGAUAGCAAUCAAUCUGUUGAUGUGUUCUUGGAUAGGAACAAGCACCUUACCGGCCAUGUGUCCACACUUCUUGGUUCCAGCGGCCUGGUCCUCAAUGUGGAUUCCUGCGGCUCCGUUCUCAAUGAACAUCUUGGUGAGCUUCACAAUGGCAGUGGUACCUCCGUGUCCAGUAUCAGCAUCGGCAAUGAUUGGUCUGAGAAAGUCAAUGUAUGGCAAUUUGGCACGCUCCUCCUUGGACAACGAAAAUCUCUCGUGUCUUUGCUUUCUGUCGUGGAAAAGCUGGGCAUAGAACAAGUGUUGCACCUUGUUUGGAACAGUGUCCAUAGGGUAGUCUGCAAGGUCUGGAGAUGGCUCGUUAGAGGUCGAGGCGGUGGACGAGGAUUGCCAUCCAGAAACGUAGAUGGUGUCCAGGUACUUGGCCAUCUGGGUCACGUGAAUUGGAUCAAGAGCACCAAAAGUGAAAGAAACAGUCUUGUUCUUGUGGUGUUCCUCCAACAACUUGAAGGCCUUCUUGGCCAUGGCGUCCGAAGCGUUAGGGUUUUUCAAAGUGGACCGUCUCUUGGCGAUCUCCUCUGCUGGGUAGACUCUCUUCACGCCUUUCCAACGAGGCUCUGCCCACCAUUUCUCGAUAGCUUGCACUUCCUUUUGGAAGUCGAGUUCUUCUUGGUCAAUGUCGAUCUUUGUGUAAACCAUUCUUAA